AUGAAACAUCAAGCGGUUUCUUGGGCAAUCGCAUGCAAAGGUGUCCAACAACUCGACAUCAGGAUGCCUCCUUCCGUCACGUUCCUCGUGGCUGAAACAUGCUUGUUGGCAUCGGCGCUUAUCCCCCUCCGCUGGGUCCGUGGCAGCUGCCCCAAGAUCGCAACAAAGCUGGCGCGGAUUAACAACUGCGGUUACGCAUGUGCAAACUUGCUCUUCCUUCCUGCCGCAGUGGCUGUGCUUCUUCCCCAUCUUCUACAUGAAGAGACCUGGAGCAAUGGCCUCCCUUUAAGCGAGCGCAUUGACGUCACCUUGGGCAUCUACUUCUAUUCGAAGGCGUGGGAAUUCCUCGACAUAGCUCUGGUGUCUCUGAUGGGCAUUCAGCCAAACCUUCACUUCAUGGUCCAUCACGUUUCCACACCCUGCCUGGCCUGGCUUAUUUGGACCUUCAGAUCCGCCAGUGGCGCAUUGUUUCUGCAGGCGAAUGUCCUGAUGCACAUCGUCCUGUACGCAUAUUUUGGCGGGGCGCGCUCACAGCUGGUGCUCCACUUCACCCGAGUCUGUGGCCAUCUCCAGCUCACGCUUGGCAUCAUCGGGAGCACUUUGGUGCUGCGGAACAAGCUGAGAGUCGACCUACUGGAUGGCAGUGUAUUGGCAGAAGGAGGUCUGCUCCUCUUGUACCUGACAUAUCUGGCACUCCUACGGCUGGAGCUCGCGGAGGAUCGAAAGACUAAGGCGACCUAA